AUGUUGGGUAAAGAUAUCGUUCGGACUUUCUACGAGCUGAACCAAUUACCCAUGUUGGGGGCAGAACCGGACUUGAGUUCUCUACACAUCGAAGAGCCACCCUUGAUUGAAAGGAUGUUUACUCUAAGUUUAAUAUGGCGUUAUCAAUUGCCUCAGAUCGACGUUGAAAAUGAAACUCCGGUUAAUAUUCUAGGACCCCUAAAUGCAUUCACUAUUCAUGGAUUAUGGGAAUCAACUAUGCGGGUUCAUGCUCCUGCCUUUGUUGACGUCACUAAAGUUUUGCAAUCACCAGAGCUUAACAAUGAUAAUUCACUAGAAAUUACCGGAGAGGAGCUACUAGGCAAUUUGAAGAAGUAUUGGAAAGAUAAAGAUGGGAAUGAUGAAUAUUUCUGGGAAAGCGAAUAUCUCAAACAUGGCGGAUCCAAUUCUUCUAGGGACGUUUACGAUUAUUUUAAAAUGGCUUAUGAUUUGUACGAAAAGUUGAAUCUAAUGCAGGUACUUCAGAGAAACCUUGCAUUGCCAAGUUUAGAAUCACAUUUUCGCAGGCGCACCAUCGAAAAUAUUAUAAGCCAGGGUUUCCAUAACCGUAGAAUUCAAGUGCUUUGCAAGCGGAGAAAGGAUUUAGAAGAAUUUAGAUUUUCCUACAAACUUACAGGUCCGUUUGAAUUGGAAAAUUUUAGACCAAUUGAUGCAGUUAAAGUUGUUUAUCCACCGACAUGUGACAGAAGAGGCUUGCGUUUUCUACCAAAGGGAGCAUCCGUAAAUCGGAAGAAUGAACCGAGACUCUUUGGUUAUAUACAUUGUCAAAAUAUGAUGCUACCUCGAGAGAAUGGGUUUUUAAACAGAGACGGUUCGCUGGAAUAUGGUGGGUUAACAGGACAAUCUGCAAUUUUUGAAUUGACAGAAUUUGUUGCCGGAUUUUACGAAUUAUCCUCUGACAAGGGCAGUUGUCGAUUACUCCAUGGAAGACUAAUUUGUGACGCGAAUGACAAGACAGCAAUUUUCACGAUUAACGAGAAUGGUUGUUUAGAAUUAGAGUCUGUCCCUUCAUGGUACCUAAGAACCGCUUACCCAACAGGUAAACGUACCAUAUGGCUUAGUGGCAAACAAAGUUCUAUCUUGAUCUUCAAAUUCGUUCAGUUGUCGCUUUGA